AUGGCUCCGGUAUCAAACUCAGACAAAGACAUGGACGUUUCGGACGGCGACGGUGGAGGUGAUGCCUGUGGUUUGGCAAAGUCUCGCUCCAGACGGGAGAAGAGGGAGAAGGUGGGGAGGAAGUCUGCACUGGAGCAGCUCAAGAAAGCCAAGAUGGGGGAGAAGAUCAAAUAUGAGGUGGAGGAGUUAACAAGUGUGUAUGAGGAGGUGGAUGAGCAGCAGUACUCAAAGAUAGUACGAGACAGACAAGAGGAUGACUGGAUUAUCGAUGAUGACGGAACAGGAUAUGUUGAGGAUGGGAGAGAAAUUUUUGACGAUGAUUUGGAUGAUGAUGUCGUUGAAAACAACAAAGGAAAAGCAGGUGUUAAAGGAGCAGACUCUAAGAAAAAUGUGAAGAAAUCUGCCGUAGCCAAGCCCAACACCAUUAAGAGCCUCUUCAUGAACAGUAAUGUGAAAAGGCCUGCUGAGAAAGACGUGGACCUGUCUAAAGAUGACCUUUUAGGAGAUAUUUUACAGGACCUGCACUCUGAGAAACCGACUCUUCUGACUCCUCCUCCAGUGGUCACUCUGAAGAAGAAGAAGUCUCUUGGAUCCCCCAUGAAUCCCUUUUCCAUCAAACCUCAGAUGCCAAAGGAGUCACCCUCAGUUACGGGGUUAAAAGCCAAAGUGAUCAGGCCGCCGCCUUCUGAGCCGACCCCCAGGUCAUCAGCCCGCCUCCCUCUCUCCACAUCUGCUCUUCCUGAGCAGGAGCAGAAGGCAAAGGUGGAGGAAAUGGAUGGAGAUGAAGGGAAUGACGCUCUGGCAUUUGAUGGGGUGGAUUUUGAUGAGCCGAUGGAGGUCGGACUCGAGGAGGAGAAGCCUGCCAUUAAAGAUGAUGCUGAGACUAAAACAGCAGCAGCACCAGUUAAAGUGGAGCCCAAAGCAGAGCCUCAGGACCCUGUCUUAUUGUCCAACAGGAUUGGAAGCUCUUGGGGGCAAGAGGAGGAAAAUGGAGCCAGCGAAGCACAAGCAGAGAUACAGGUUGACUCCAGUCAACUCCCACUGGUGGAGGGGGCAGAUGGGGAGCAGGUUUUCCGCUUCUAUUGGUUGGAUGCCUUUGAAGAGCCCUACAGCCAACCAGGUGUGGUGUACUUGUUUGGAAAAGUGUGGAUCGAGUCUGCAAAGUCUCAUGUCAGCUGCUGUGUUACUGUCAAGAACAUUGAGAGGACCAUGUACUUCCUGCCUCGUGAAUAUAAAGUGAACACUAAGACUGGGGAGGUGUCGGACACUCCUGUAGGAAUGAUGGACGUCUACCAGGAGUUUAACGAUCUCUCGGAGAAGUUCAAGAUCAUGAAGUUCAAGUCCAAGAAAGUGGAGAAGAACUAUGCUUUUGAAAUUCCUGAUGUUCCCAGUCAGUGCGAGUAUCUGGAAGUCAGAUAUUCUGCAGAGUUCCCUGCGCUGCCUUCGAACCUCAAGGGGGCGACCUUUUCCCACAUUUUUGGAACCAACACAUCCAGUCUGGAGCAUUUCCUACUCGGCAGGAAGAUUAAAGGGCCUUGCUGGCUGGACAUCAAGACACCACAGCUGAUUGGCCAGCCAGUCAGCUGGUGUAAGGUGGAGGCUCUGGCCCUGAGGAGUGACCUGGUCACUGUGGUCAAAGACCUGUCACCUCCACCCAUCACCGUCAUGUCCAUAAGCCUCAAGACUAUACAGAACCCCAAGACACACCAAAACGAGAUUGUGUCCCUUGCUGCACUAAUCCACUAUCAGUUCCACACGGAUAAAGCUGCCCCCCGGCCCCCAUACCAGAACCAUUUUUGUGUGGUCAGUAAACCGGCCGACUGUAUCUUCCCCUAUGACUUCAAAGAUGCUGUGAGGAAGAAGAAUGGGAAAGUGGAGAUAGCUGCUACAGAACGGACUCUGCUUGGCUUCUUCUUGGCCAAGAUGCACAAAAUCGACCCAGAUGUGCUCGUGGGUCACGACAUCUUUGGUUUUGACCUGGAAGUGAUUCUGCAGAGGAUCAGUGUGUGCAAGGUUCCCCACUGGUCUAAGAUUGGACGCCUCAGGAGGGCAAAUAUGCCCAAACUAGGGGGUCGCGGUGCCUUUGCAGAGAAGAGCGCAACCUGUGGUCGUCUGGUGUGUGAUGUGGAGAUCUCAGCCAAGGAGCUGAUUCGCUGUAAAAGUUACCAUCUGACCGAACUUGCUGCACAGGUGCUGAAGACGGAGAGAGUCACAGUCCCUCAGGAAAACAUCAAGAAUCUCUACAGUGACUCUCCUCACCUGCUCUACCUGUUGGAGCUGACAUGGACAGACGCCAAGCUGAUCCUCCAGGUCAUGUGUGAGCUCAACGUGCUGCCGCUGGCCCUGCAGAUCACCAACAUUGCUGGCAAUGUCAUGUCUCGUACUCUGAUGGGCGGUCGCUCUGAGAGGAAUGAGUUCCUGUUGCUUCAUGCUUUCCACGACAAAAACUACAUCGUCCCUGACAAACCCUCCUUCAAAAAGGCCCAGCUGGAAACGGUGGAGGGGGAAGAAGAUGUGGAUGCAGGAAAAGGCAAGCGGAAGAAGAAGGCAGCCUAUGCUGGAGGUCUGGUGCUGGAUCCUAAAGUUGGUUUCUACGACAAGUUUGUGCUGCUGCUUGACUUCAACAGCUUGUAUCCCUCAAUCAUCCAAGAGUUCAACAUCUGCUUCACCACUGUGCAGAGGGAAGCUUACAACGCACAGAAGAAGAAUGAGGAUGAGGAGUCAGAGGAGAUUCCAGAGAUCCCAGAUUCUAAUUUGGAGAUGGGAAUCCUGCCCAAAGAAAUCAGGAAGCUGGUCGAGCGGCGUAAACAGGUCAAACAGCUCAUGAAACAGCAAGACAUCAACCCAGACCUCUACCUGCAGUAUGACAUUCGCCAGAAGGCCCUGAAGCUGACUGCUAACAGUAUGUACGGCUGCCUGGGAUUCAGCUACAGCCGCUUCUACGCCAAGCCACUUGCUGCCCUGGUCACACACAAGGGUAGAGAGAUUCUGAUGCACACCAAGGACAUGGUUCAGAAGAUGAAUCUGGAAGUCAUUUAUGGAGAUACUGACUCCAUUAUGAUCAACACCAACAGCAGGACUCUGGAGGAAGUCUUCAAACUUGGCAAUAAGGUGAAGGCAGAAGUAAACAAGCUCUACAAACUGCUGGAGAUCGACAUUGACGGUGUGUUUAAGUCCCUUUUACUGCUGAAGAAGAAGAAAUACGCGGCCUUGGUGGUGGAGAACCAUGGUGAAGGACGAUACAGCGUCAAGCAGGAGCUCAAAGGCUUGGACAUCGUCCGCAGAGAUUGGUGUGACCUGGCCAAGGAAUGUGGCAACUAUGUGAUCGGUCAAAUCUUGUCGGACCAGAAUCGCGACGUCAUUGUGGAGAACAUCCAGAAACACCUGGUGGAGGUGGGAGAGAAAGUAGCAGAAGGAGCUAUACCACUCAACCAAUAUGAGAUACACAAGGCUCUGACUAAAGAUCCUCAGGACUAUCCAGAUAAGAAGAGCCUCCCUCACGUCCAUGUGGCUCUCUGGAUGAACUCCCAGGGUGGUCACCGGGUUAAAGCUGGAGAUACAGUCUCUUACAUCAUCUGCAAGGACGGCUCCACGCUGGCAGCCAGUCAGAGAGCCUAUGCUCUAGAGCAGCUCCAGAAGCAGGAGGGUCUCAGUCUGGACAACGAUUACUACCUUGCCCAGCAGAUCCACCCUGUUGUGUCCCGCAUAUGUGACCCCAUCGAGGGCAUUGACAGCGUGCUCAUAGCCACGUGGCUGGGUCUGGACCCCAGUCAGUUUCGGGCUCAGCAGCAGUACCAGAGGGAGGAGGAGGCUGACGGCAUGCUGGGAGCUCCGGUCCAGCUGACUGACGAGGAGCGCUACAAAGACUGUGAGAGGUUCACCUUCACCUGCCCUCAAUGUGGCACUGACAACAUCUACGACAGUGUCUUUGAAGGAGCCGGGUUAACGUUGGAGCCCAGCUUGAUGCGAUGCUGUCACAUCCCCUGCGGGGGCCGUCCUGUCGACUACGCUGUCAAGAUCAGCAACAAACUGCUACUUGACAUCCGUCGUCAUAUCAAAAAAUACUACUCUGGCUGGCUGGUGUGUGAGGACCUGGCCUGCCAGAACAGGACCAGACGCCUGCCCAUCGCCUUCUCCCGCCAUGGACCCAUCUGCCCCGCCUGUACCAAGGCGACCCUCAGACGCGAGUACUCCGAGAAGGCCCUGUACAACCAGCUCUGCUUCUACAGGUUCAUCUUUGACUGGGACUAUGCAGCUGCCAAGUUACUACAGGCUGAUGAGAGAGCUCGGACAAAGCUGUGGAAAGGAGUUCCAGAUGUGUAUCGCAGGCUGAAGGAAGUGCCAGACAAAGCCUUGGCCACCAGUGGCUACUCGGAGAUCAACCUGGCCAAACUCUUCCAGGCCUUCACUUCCCUCAAGUGAAACGGCGCACACACAUCUGUACAGACGACACCGCUAAGAGACUCUGACAUCUGACCUCAAAGCCGGAGAUUUGCACAUUCAACGACAUCUGUUUUCUCGGUUAUUGGUUUCCCAAAUAGCUUAGACUUAGGCUUUGACCUCAUAACCCCCUUAUCAUCUUUAAUGAACCUAGUGGGCCUCUUGUAGUACUGAAAACCCAAUCACACCUUUCCAUUCCUUUCCAUCCCAUCACCCUGCAUCUAUAUGAAAAAGGGGAGUAGCAAUCAUACACAUGUGUGUGUGCGCGCGUGUAUGUGUGUUACAAAAUCCUCAGAACAGCCAGUAUACUCCAAAAGCCGCUAAUUAGCCAAUGAUAGUGACCCCGGCCACUAAGACCACUGGAUGCCUGCAGCGAUCGGACACUUGUUCUGAUUACCACCAUUCAUCCUGGGUGUGUACGUGUGAGUGUCAGAUCACAGGAUGAAAGAAAGGAGUGUGACGGAGGCCACACGUUCUGCUCCCUCGCUCUUUUGUCUCGGUAUUGAACAGCUGAUCUCCUUCUCCUCCACAGCCUCAGUUUAACUGAUGUCAUUUCAUCCCUUUCACUCUGUUUCUUCGUCCCCCCUCCUCUCAGCAGAUUGUGUUUUAAUGCCUGUAAUUUUCUAUGUAUCCGACUUGUACUGCUGGGGGGGUGAGGGGUGGUAUGUAAUGAUUUCUUUUGUAAUGACAAGAAUAUUUCGUUUUGGGUUCUUCAAUAUUGAUGAGAACCUUUUUUUGAUACUGAAACCUCAAUAAAAAGCUAAAUGGAUAAGAUG